AUGUCGUUUGUUUCCAAGCUUCUUUACACAGUCUCUGCAUUGGUGUUAUUUCAUUCUGGUUUCUCAAGUUAUGAGUUUCAUCACCUAUUAAAGCUUAACUCGCUUAAUAAUGCACAAGGUGUAAUCAGCAGGUUACCUAAAGAUAUCGAGUACGAAACAUAUGCGGGGUUGCUACUGUUCGUUCUUGCGGUGUUCACUUCGUUCGAGAAAUUACAAUACUUGCCAAUUGAGAGUAAUGAUGGGAUGAUAAUAUCCCAAGGAAACUAUCUAAAGGAAAUCGCAUUGAAUAAAGCCACCAACGUGGAUAACUUGAUAGGGAGCAACCCCAAUGGUGAGAUCAUAUUUAGUCCAAGCUUUGUUGACGUCCACGCAAAGAGGAAAGUCUCCAGGGAAUGGGCCUCUAAUACUGAAAAAAAGGAAAAAUGA